AUGUCUGACGAUGAAUAUUAUGGAGACGAUGAUGUAUUCACGUCCGAUGCAUUGGAUAACAUACCCGCCUUGAAUCAAGCUCCGUCUCCUGUGACUCCUGUUUCGACCUUGCCCAGUCCAGCUGUUCAACAGCCUCCCCAGGUCACUUCCACCAGUCUGAGUAUUCCAGGAUCAAACGCGAGCAACCCUAUUGUCGUUGGAUCCGUAAAUGACUUGGCGCAAACUCCUGUAUCCCAUAGGACCACACCUGAAUCAGUCCGGAGAACCAAUUCGCGGUUCUCUACCAUUAUGAACGCUCUCAGGAGUGGAUCGACUCAACGCUCCAGCCCAAGUGGAGUUUUUGGUCCGCAAACCGGACUUUUACAGUUUUCGAAAGGAAAAGAACGCUCUGCGAGCUUGCAAUCGGGUACAUACCAAUCAAACGCUGCUGGGCCCUCUCGACUAUCCUUCCAGUCUUCUCCAUUGGCAGGAUCGAAGCGCCGAAGAGCGUCAUCGUCUGUACGAGAAGAUUUCCUCGAAGCGGAAGCUCGGGCGGAUAGUUGGAGCGUUAUGGAAGAGGAACUGACUUGCGCCAUAUGCUGUGAUGUUUAUGUUGCACCUCAAAUCACGGCUUGUGGACAUAGCGCAUGCGCGCCUUGUUUGAAAAUCUGGCUAUCGAGGAACAAUAACUGUCCAAUUUGUCGUUCAUAUAUUAACCCGAGUAUCAAAUUGGUUGCGAACAGAUUGGCGUCGAGUAUGGUUGACCGUAUGAUAGCCGAGGCGAAGAAACAUACACUUCCAGAUUGGUGCCCUGGUGGCACGAAAGAAGCAGAGUGGAGUAAACGGAAAAGACUUUGGGUAGCCGAGGAGGCGAGAGACGCAGCAGCAGCAGUCCAGGCGCGCAACCAAGUGAAUGCACGUGUUGCACGCGCAAUUACGCGACCCCGGUUUCAUUUACCGCAACCUCUCUUUCUGGAGGAUGAAGACGAGGAGGAAGAUGACUAUUAUAAUAUUGACGACCUCGGGUACGAGGAUGAGUAUGAUUACAAUCUAUUAUAA